UGCGAAUCUCCGCCCCCUUUCUUGCGUUCCCCGCCCAUCCCGCCCACUUUCUCUCGCCGCCCACGAAAAAUGACGCUGAUAUUAGGCGGAUGAGGUCCCGCCCAUGAGGCCAGGAUGGCAAGCGAGGGCGUGGACGGUGGUGGGCGUGAGAAAGGACAACGAUGGUGGUGGUGGGCGGCCGCUGUGGUGUUGAUGGGCGUGGUGUGGGGCGUACCAGGGGGGGCGCACGCCAACAUCGACCUCUACAUGUCGAGUCAGGAGACGCAUCGGCUCUUGGGUCUAAUGGCAGAGCUGUACUAUGUGAGAGAAGGAGUGAUCAACAGCUAUGCCCUUGACUUCAUCGUGCCAGUGCCAGCUAACUUUACCUUCAUCUACUUCACUUGGCACUCGCUAAUCAAACGCCCGAUGCAGUACAUGGCCCACAUCGAGUAUGACAACGGGGAGGCCAUGGCACUUCCACAGCUCAACAUUUCCAACAAAGGGGUCGUCCCUAUAAGACCUGAGACCUUCAAGGUGUCGCUGCCGUGCACAGGCAGGGUGAGCGCUGAAGUGACGGUCAACUUGCACCUGAACAUCACCACUCACAGCCGGAACCACAACCUCACCAACAUCACCAUCAAGAGGAAGAAAAUCUGUCUGAAAGAAGAGUUCGCCCCCCGGAACGAGAGCAUCUACCUUCGCCCGGAAUGGAUGUCCACGUCCUUGGGUACCCUCUACGUGGCUAUGGGAUGCGCGUGCACCUUCACCGUGCUGGUCAUCACCGUGGCGUCCGUCCUCUAUCUCAGAGUCAAGCGGGCUCGGGACCAGUCCCUGACGUGUCGAUACUACAGCGGCCCGGGCUAUGUAGGCGACACCAGUACCUCUCAGGGCGGCGGAGGGGGCAGAGGCGCAGGCUCUUCCCUCAGAAGUAAUUCCUAUGCCACCAUCGCUUCCUUCAAGAAAGUUCACAUCCUCUCCCACGAGGUGUGUGCAGAGAGUGGCAUGGGGGAGUCACUCCACUAUGCCUCUUCCCCACUCUCUCAGGUCUACUCCCAACCCUACUCCCCCGCCCACUCCCUCCCUGCCUCCAGGCAUUCCCACGCCUCUUGCUGCGCCUCAUCACUCCACUCCCAGGCUUCUUGGCGCGACCCCCGGCACACAGACCCCAGCGAGAGGGUGAGGCAGCUGGCGAUCGACCGAUGGAAGGUGGAGGUCGGGGAGGUGGUCCAGGAGGGCACAUUCGGGCGCGUGUACCGGGGCGUGUAUCGGGACCCAUACGCCCGCGCCGCCCUCACAGUCAUCAUCAAGACCGUCUCAGGAGAGGCGUCUUCAGCCCAGGCCCGGUUGCUGGUGCGAGAGGGUCUCCUGCUGGCGGGUCUUCAUCACCAGCACCUUCUGCCGGUGCUCGGGGUCUGCCUCUCGGACCCGCGCCAUCCGCUGCUCCUCUAUCCUCAUCUGGGCCUCUCCAACCUCAAGACGUACCUGCUGGGCUGCAGCCGCGGAACAAGCGAGGGUGUGAAGCUGCUCACGAGGGACCUGGUUCACAUUGCCAUCCAGGUGUGUCUCGGCCUCAUCCACCUCCACCAGCAGCGUCUCCUCCACAAGGAUGUCGCCACGAGAAACUGCCUCAUAGACUCGGAGCUGCAGGUUCGCGUGUCAGACACCGCCCUUGCUCGCGACUUGUUUCCACAGGAUUACCACUGCCUGGGUGACAACGAAAACCGCCCUGUUAAGUGGCUUAGCCUUGAGGCCCUUAUCCAUAAACAGUUUACUCCUGCCAAUGAUGUGUGGAUGUUUGGUGUAUUACUGUGGGAGUUGACGACUUUGGCUCAACAACCAUAUAUUGAAGUUGACCCUUUUGAAAUGGCAGCGUACCUGAGGGAUGGCUACCGCUUGGCCCAGCCUCAAAAUUGUCCUGAUGAGUUGUUCGGAAUGAUGGCUUGUUGCUGGGCCCCCGCGCCCGAAGACCGGACCAGCUUCCCCCACCUCCUGUCCUGUCUCCAAGACUUUUAUUCAGCUCUUGGCAAAUACAUAUGAGUGUAUUUGUGUCUGUUACUUAGUUCACCAGUGAUACUAACUAGAAACGUCUUGGUAACGUGGAGAAUUAUUUAGUGACAUUUGAUGUGAAAAACUAAAAUGUUUUUGUUUUUUUUUAGCCUCGGAACAGUUUGUUAGUAACAGCUGUUGAACAUUAGGGCUUUGAAGUAUGCACUGAAAUAAUAAUUUUUAGCCGAUUUGUAUUGUUAAAGAAAGGAUAUCCAGAUUUUCAGUGAAAUGUUGCAGGACUGGUUAUCCUUUAUUGUAUUGUCAAGUAAGUCGACAGAAUCAAGGAGAUAAUAAGAUGUAUGUUACAAUUUGAAAUAUGCCUUCAUGCUAUGCCAGAUAAGUAUGUAAAUGCAGAUUCCCUGGGUAUGUAAAUUGUCGUGUUUGUGAAUAUAGUCAUCAUACACUUUUUCGGUUAUAAGUAUGUACUUGAUUUUACUUUUUUUUUUUUUUUUUUUUUUUUUUUUUUUUUUUUUACUUUGGUGCGGUCAGACAGACUGAGAUUGUUACUGUAAUAUUUCUAUAUUUCUUCUGGUUUUAUUCAUAUUCUGCCAGUGUAGGCACAUGUUUAAAAAGAUGUAGACCUCGCAUAAUACUAAUUUGCUAAUUUUGCAAAUUAAUUGUUUUAAAGGAAAUAUAAGUAAUCAAAAUUAUUCUCUCUCUCACACACACACACACCACACCACACCACACCACACCACACCACACCACACCACACCACACCACACCACACCACACCACA